CACAGCCCUUAAGUCCAGUCCAACGUACAUGUGAGUAUGUGCAACAACAUGCUAGGCCCUACUUUGCUGAACUUCUAUUUUAAGUGGAGAAACAAGAGCUUAGUGUUGACCCAGCUACAUGCCAUAAUCCAGAAAGUAGCAAACAACAGAACAUGAGCAGAGACUCUCCGUUCAAAAGAAAUUAACAGCAGCAUGGUGGAAAUGGAAAGCAAGCCCACUUCCAGUCACACACACACAACUUCCCUGAGUCACAAGUGGCACCAGACCUCAUCAAGUACCUCCUACGACGUGAGAUGGUGAGUUCCGGACUCCUGAAGUUUGAUGAUCGCCCUGAAAAUUAUUGGGCAUGGAAAGCAUCCUUUCUCAAUGCGACCAGAGACUUGAAUUUAUCAGCCAGGGAAGAGUUAGAUCUAAUUACCAAGUGGCUAGGGGCAGAGUCGUCUGAGCAAGCAAACAGAAUUAGAUCUGUCCAUAUUUUCAACGCAACAGCAGGGCUUAACAUGGUCUGGCAACGACUAGAAGAGUGCUAUGGUACACCCGAAGUGAUCGAGAAUGCACUGUUGAAGAAAAUGUAUGAUUUUCCAAAACUGGCUAACAAAGACAAUCACAAACUAAGAGAACUAGGUGACAUUCUUCUCGAACUGGAGUGUGCUAAAGUAGAAGGGUUCCUUCCAGGCCUCCCUUAUCUGGACACAUCUCGGGGGGUAAACCCUAUUGUAGAGAAACUUCCAUUCAGUUUACAAGAAAAAUGGAUAGCACAGGGAUCCAAAUAUAAGGAGGACUAUCGGGUAGCAUUCCCACCAUUCUCGUUCUUCUCGAGAUUCAUCAGGAACCAGGCGAAAAUUAGAAAUGACCCCAGCUUCACCCUCUACACCUCAAAAAAACAGGUGUCCAUGAAAAGUGAGAAACAUUCCAGGUACAGCAGCAAGACACCUGUGACUGUAUACAAGACAGAUGUGUCAUCUGAGGCCUCAGACCACCAAACCAAACCCAGUAAGACAAAGGUUGAAAACCCUGACCGUCACUGCCCAAUACAUAACAAGCCUCAUCCUCUUAAAAAGUGUCGUGGGUUUAGAUACAAAACUCUAGAUGAGCGCAAAUCAUAUCUCAAAGACAAUGGCAUUUGUUUCUGAUGUUGUGGGUCAACUCAGCACAGAGCUAAAGACUGUAAGGUUUCAAUCAAGUGCUCUGAGUGCGACAGCGACAGACAUCUUGCUGCUCUGCCUCCAGGCCCAGCCCCUACAAAUACAGACACCGCUACAGCAGAGACAGAGCAUGGCGGGGAGCAAGGUGACGAUGCUCUUCUAUCUGUCACCUCAAAGUGUACAGAGAUCUGUGGUGAGGCAGUCAAUCCAAGAUCAUGUUCAAAUAUAUGCCUAGUCAAAGCUUAUCCGGCUGGGAAAAGAGAGAAAGCUGUCAAAAUGUAUGUAGUGCUUGAUGAACAGAGUAACAAAUCUCUGGCCAAGACAGUUUUUUCAGUCUCUUCAACAUCAAUGACAACUCUGCUCCAUACACCAUGAAGACGUGUUCUGGGGUAACAGAGACUUCGGGCAGGAGAGCUGUCAACUUCAUGGUGGAGUCUAUAGAUGGACACAUGCAGCUCACUCUCCCUACUCUGAUAGUGUGAUAUGAUGCCAGACGAUAGGAUGGAGAUUCCCUCCCCCGACAUUGCGUAUCGUCAUUCUCAUCUGCAACCAGUUAUGGACAGAAUUCCAGCUGUGGACCCAGACGCUCCCAUCCCCCUGCUCUUAGGACGAGACAUCUUAAGGGUACACAAGAUACGAGGGCAAAUCAAUGGGCCCCACGACACUCCUUAUGCACAGCGACUCGACCUCGGGUGGGUCAUUGUGGGUGAGGUCUGUCUGGGAACGGCUCACCGACCAGCCAAUGUUAACGUGUUCAGGACAAACAUACUUCAAAAUGGUCGCACAUCCUAUCUGAGCCCUUGCCCUGACAUCAUCCAGGUAAAAGAGAACUACAAUAGCGUAGCUCAGAAACACAUCUCUCCCUCUACAGUGCACUCGAGAGUUCCAAGCACAACUGUGAACACAAACAGCCUGGGAUGUUCCGUGUUCGACAAAACACAAGACGAUGAUAAACCAGCAUCAUCAGUGGAGGACAAAGCCUUCUUGGACAUUAUGAACAAACAGGUUUUCCAGGAUGAUGGAAACCACUGAGUGGCUCCAUUACCCUUUCGCCCCACUAGACGUCGCCUUCCUAAUAACAGGGAGCAGGCCAUGAACCGUCUCACAUCACUUCGCAGGACUUUAGACAAAAAGCCUGACAUGAAGCGUCAUUUUAUUGACUUCAUGCAAAAGAUGCUGGAUAACGACCAAGCCGAACCUUCACAGCCACUAGAGGGAGACAAAGAACGUUGGUAUCUGCCCAUAUUUGGUGUUUACCAUCCACAAAAGCCUGAACAAAUACGAGUAGUAUUUGACACCAGUGCUAAGUGUCAAGGCGUGUCACUUAACAAUGUUCUGCUCAGUGGUCCAGACUUAAACAACACACUCUUGGGUGUCCUAAUGCGUUUCCGCAAGGAUUGCAUUGCACUAACAGCAGAUGUGCAACAAAUGUUUUACUGUUUUGGUGUACGUGAGGAUCACAGAGAUUACUUAAGGUUUCUCUGGUAUGAAGACAACAACCCAGAUAGAAACAUAACUGAGUACAGGAUGAAAGUGCAUGUAUUUGGGAACAUCCCUUCACCAGCCGUAGCCAUCUAUUGCAUGAGACGAGCAGCGCUACAGGGUGAGAAGGAACACGGGUCAGAACCCAAACAAUAUGUAGUGAGGAACUUCUACGUCGAUGAUGGUCUGACAUCAGUAGCUACUACAGAAGAAGCUGUCAACAUUCUAAGAAAAACACAAGCAAUGUUGGCGGAGUCCAACAUGAAACUACACAAGAUUGCAUCCAAUAGCAAAACAGUUAUGGAAGCCUUCCCUAUGGAGGACCGUGCGAAAGACUUAAAAGAUCUGGACCUAGGAGUGGAUCUACUCCCGUUUCAAUGGAGUCUGGGACUUUCCUGGACCCUGGAAACAGACAGCUUCUCAUUCCAGGUGUCCCACAAUGAGAAGCCUUUUACGCGGAGAGGCAUCCUGUCCACAGUGAAUAGUCUUUAUAACCCCCUUGGGUUCGUGGCUCCAAUAACAAUGCAAGGUAAAGCCUUAAUCAGAGAACUCUCUUCCGAUCAGAGUGAGUGGGAUGCCCCUCUUCCCACAGAAAAAGAAGAGGAAUGGAAAAUGUGGAAGGAAUCUUUGGAGUUGGAACAUAUGAAUAUUCAGCAGACCUACAUCCCAGUCUCCUUGUCUACCACUCAAAGAAGAGAGCUACACAUCUUCUCAGAUGCCUCUACAGUAGCCAUAGGAGCGGUAGCCUACCUGAGAGUUAUUGACUCGGAAGGUCAAUGCCAUGUUGGAUUUGUCAUGGGGAAAUCAAAAUUGGCCCCUCGUCCAGCCCACACUAUCCCACGCCUAGAACUGUGUGCGGCUUUGCUAGCUGUUGAGAUGUAUGAACUGAUCAAAGACGAAAUUGACAUUGAUAUACAUGCAGCCAAGUUCUACACAGACAGUAAGAUAGUUCUCGGUUACAUCCACAAUGUCACCAAAAGAUUCUAUGUUUAUGUUUCCAAUAGGAUAACUCGCAUCAGGAAGUCUACCCAUCCAGAUCAGUGGUGCUAUAUAAACACUGACAGCAAUCCAGCAGACCAUGCAACCAGGCCCAUACUUGCUGCGCUCUUAAAACACACUAGUUGGUUCUCAGGUCCACCGUUCCUGACCCAAACAAACUCGAGUAAGCCUGAGAACAUCAAUUUUUACCUUGUAGAGCCUCACACAGAUGCAGAGAUUCGACCAGAUGUCACUGUCUUUGCAUCUAAAGUUUCUGGAGCUCAACUCGGCUCUCAUCGCUUUGAGAGUUUCUCAAGCUGGAAAACUCUCAAUCAAGCCACAGCACGACUCAUUCAUGUUGCAAGAUCCUUCCAUGAAGGUGCAGACAACACCAGCUGCAGAGGCUGGCAUGACUGUAAUAAACCAUGCGGUACAAUUGAGUUGUCACAAGCCAAAACAGCAAUCAUUCACUGUGUGCAACAUGAAGCUUUCAGUGAGGAAUUCAAAUGCAUUGAAAAGGGAAAAGAGUUCCGAAAGCAAAGUACACUGAAAAAGAUGAACCCAGUGAUUGAUGAGGAUGGGUUGCUGAGGGUGGGAGGCCGCUUAUCCUCCGCCGACAGGUUACAAGACAAAAAACAUCCUCUCAUCAUCCCACGGACACAUCAUGUUGCCACUCUGCUGGUAAGACAUUAUCACGAGCAAGUGGCUCACCAAGGCCGUCAUUUUUCAGAUGGAGCUAUUCGAGCAGCAGGCUUCUGGAUUAUUGGGAGCAAACGUCUGGUCUCUGGUAUCAUUCACAAGUGUGUCACCUGCCGGAAGGUUAGAGGGAGGUUAGUUGACCAAAAAAUGGCUGACUUGCCUGCAGACAGACUGACAUCUGAACCACCAUUCACCAGCGUUGGACUUGAUGUGUUUGGACCAUGGAAUGUCAUAACUCGUCGCACUAGAGGUGGUAGUGCAGACUCCAAGCGCUGGGCGGUGCUCUUUACAUGUAUGUCUACAAGAGCAGUCCAUAUCGAGCUUAUCAAAUCCAUGUCCACAUCCAGCUUCAUCAAUGCGCUGAGGCGAUUUUUCGCUAUCCGUGGUCCAGCAAAAGUGCUACGGUCUGAUCGAGGUACAAACUUUAUAGGUGCCUGCAGGGAACUGGGUAUCGACACAAAUGACUCAGAACUGACUAAAUACCUCUCAGAUAAGGGAUGUACUUGGAUAUUUAAUCCUCCACACUCAUAUGGGUGGUUCUUGGGAGAGACUCAUUGGGGUUGCAGACGUAUUCUUGAUGCUAUGCUGUUUCAGACGGGCUCCACUCGUCUCACACAUGAGGUCUUGAGCACUCUUAUGUCUGAAGUUAUGGCAAUAAUCAAUGCGAGACCCUUAGUGUCAGUAUCAACCGACCCUGACAUGCCUACCAUUCUCACACCCUCAAUGUUACUUACACAAAAGACCAGCGCUACAUCAGCCCCUUCCGGAUACUUCAGCAUGAACAACCAUCAUGGAAAACAGUGGAAGCAAGUCCAGUGUCUCGCUGACACCUUUUGGAAAAGGUGGAGACAGGAGUACCUGACAACGCUGCAGAGAUGCAGAAAAUGGACAGCAGAAAAGCCAAAUGUAAAAGUGGGAGAUGUUGUCUUAUUGAAAGACAGUCAGGCACACAGAAAUGACUGGCCAGUCGGGCUUGUGGUAAAAACCUUUCCCAGUACUGACAAAAAGGUUAGGAAAGUAGAACUAAAAAUUGUCAAGCAAGGAGCUGCUAAGGUGUUUCUGAGACCAAUCUCAGAGAUUGUUGUUCUUCUUUCUGAAGCAUCCUAGAGACAAAAGAUAAAAAUAGAAAGGACAUUAUUUGUUUCUUGAUAUGUUUUAUUUCAUAGUGGCACAAUUUCAUUAUACCAGGCGGGGAGUGUGCUGCCAUCCUGUUAGAAGGUAACA